AUGUCUUUAAGGGGAGAGGGACUGGAGGGCGUCCUGACCGCUACAGCCUCCGCACAGCUGUCAAGUUUAAUGGGACCCGUAGAUAUGUACGGAGGGCUGACGCUUCCCCCCGAGGCGACUGCGGGGCCCGCCAGAGCAGCGAGGAGGCGCGGAACUCAGGCCUGCCGGGGGCGCUGGGCUCGGUGUAGAGGCCGAGGACGCGACGAGAAGCAGCUCGGCGGCUGGAGCGUCCCCUGGGGACACGCCGCGGCCUGGCCCUUGCUGCUCCGCAAGGUCGCCGUCCGCCCUCACCCGCCCUUCCUCCUUUCCCCCCUAUCCCAGCCGAGGUCCCGAGCAGCCGCGGGGCGCUUGGGCCCAGGGCGAGCCAGGCCUGCCGCGCCGCCCGCCGCCAUGGAGCCCAGGCCCGCCGCACCGGGGCCUUGUCCCGGCGACUCGCGCGGCGCGGAACAAGCGGCCGCGGCCUUUUCGCUGAACCCUGCCGAGGCCCAGCCCCGGCGCCGCGCUCCCGCCGUGGCUGCCGUGUUGCCGGCUGGGGGAAGCGGGGAGAGGAUGGGCGUCCCCACCCCGAAGCAGUUCUGUCCCAUCCUGGAGAGGCCGCUCAUCAGCUACACCCUGCAGGCCUUGGAGAGAGUAUGUUGGAUAAAGGACAUUGUUGUAGCAGUAACAGGAGAGAACAUGGAAGCAAUGAAGCGUAUUAUUCAGAAGUACCAGCAUCAGCGAAUCUCCCUGGUUGAAGCUGGAGUGACCCGCCACAGGUCAAUUUUCAAUGGACUAAAAGCCCUGGCAGAGGACCAGCCUGACUCUAAACUCUCUAAGCCAGAAGUUGUGAUAAUCCAUGAUGCUGUGAGACCGUUUGUCGAGGAAGAUGUCCUUCUUAAAGUUGUCACAGCUGCUAAGGAACAUGGGGCAGCAGGAGCAAUUCGACCUCUUGUGUCCACUGUAAUCAGUCCAUCUGCUGAUGGUUGCUUAGACCAUUCACUAGAACGUGCCAGACACAGAGCAAGUGAAAUGCCACAGGCUUUUCUAUUUGAUGUGAUCUAUGAAGCAUAUCAGCAGUGUAGUGACUAUGACUUGGAAUUUGGAACCGAGUGUUUGCAGUUGGCUCUAAAAUACGGUCACAUUAAUGCCAAACUUGUGGAAGGAUCACCUGACCUCUGGAAGGUGACCUACAAACGAGAUCUGUAUGCAGCGGAAUCGAUUAUUAAGGAAAGAAUUUCACAACACAUUUGCAUAGUUAUGGACACAAAAGAAGAUGAGAAUCAUGUAGGUCAUCAUCUUGAAGAAAUACUAAAAAAUGAAUUAAAUCAUGUAAAAGUCACCUCUGGAGCUCUGUGUCCUGCUGGCAGAGAUCUUGAGCAAAUCAUCUUAGAGCAAUGCUACAAUUACGUUUGUGUGAAUGUUAUGUCCUCUGAUUUUGAGGAAACCCGGAAAUUAUUGAACAUGCUUGAAGAGAGUAAUCUAUCCAUUUUAUAUCCUAUUGUUGUUAUUUCAGUAUAUUUUCUUGAUUAUAAAUCAGUACCUUUUGAUGAGAAAAUGGAAAGUCUAAUACAGAUCAGGGAAUAUGCAAAGGAAGUGAAAAAAAGAAAUAUUUUAUUAUCUGGUCUUCUUAUAUAUUUCCCACAGGAUGAGCAGAAGCUACAGGCAAGUUUAAGGCAAGGAGUCACAAUUAUUGCCACCUUAAUCAAAGAAAGAAAUUCUGGACUUGUUGGUCAGCUACUGGUAGCAUGA